AUGGUCCGGAUAAUCGCUGAUUCCUCCGUCCUGCUCUCCUACUCUCUUCUCGCCUUCUCCAGCUUCAUCACUUCUGCCACUUCAUGGACAAAACUCACCGAUGCUGGUCUCAAAAAGAUCCCUUCGCCGGGGGAUACUCUCCAUCCGGAUCUCGGUCCUCUUCUAAAACCACUAUUGAUCCCUCGAGUUGUAAAUACCGAAGGGUCGAGAAAAGCACUAGCUCAUUUUACAAGCUUCUUCGGCGACAUGGACUGGUCACUUCAUUACGAUAACUUCUCACAACCAACGGUAUUAUCCAAAGAUCCCGUCCCAUUCAGUAAUUUUUGGGCAACUUUAGAUCCGCCAUGGAAGAAAAAGGACAAUCAAGAAGGAGAGAUUGCCAGAUUGGUUUUGGUGGCACAUUAUGAUAGUAAGAUAGAACCGAAGGGGUUUAUUGGAGCUACGGAUAGUGCAGCACCCUGUGCUAUGAUCAUGCAUGUUGCCAAAUCGAUAGAUAAGGCAAUGAGAAGAAAGUGGGCACAGAUGGAGAAGGAAGGUGACGAGUUUGCGAUGGCGGAUGAACACGGAUUUAUGGUUUUGUUAUUGGAUGGAGAGGAAGCAUUUAAAUGGUGGACUGCUGAUGAUUCCAUUUACGGGGCGAGACAUCUAGCGGAUGUGUGGGAGUCGACAAUGCACGCAGCGCACAGCACCUACAAAAACCACCUUUCGUCGAUAAACCUUUUCGUUCUACUGGACUUGCUAGGCGGCCCCACGCCUCGUAUUCCAUCCUAUUUCAAAACCACCCAUUGGGCCUACCAACACAUGGCCGACCUCGAAAUCCGUCUACGGGCAAUGGAUCUUUUACAAUCAGGCAAAGACCAUGCUCUCUUCCUCCCCGACCGUGAUAAGACCGUUUUCCCAGAAGGCUUACAAAUUGAAGAUGAUCACAUACCUUUCUUAAGAAGAGGAGUGGAUAUUUUACAUAUUAUUGCUUCGCCUUUCCCGCCGGUAUGGCAUACAAUGGAGGAUGAUGGAGCGCAUUUGGAUAAGGCAGUUGUCAACGAUUGGGCUGUUAUUGUUAGCGCUUUUGUGGUGGAAUGGUAUGGGUUAGAACCGUUCCUGAAGGAUAAUGGCGAUGGGAUGAGUACGAUUUCUGAGAGAGGGAAUAAAACGGAGUUAUGA